CGCCUCUCGCGGCGGGCGAGAUGGGCCUGCUCAGGCGGCGCGACAAGACGAGCGACUCUGGCUACGCGGACGGCCGGCUCUGCCUGAUGGGUAACUUGCUCCAGUUCCACCCCGACGAGCCGCAGCGGCUGAUCCACUGCAACUGCAAGAAGCAGGCCGCCUGGCAGUACACACACGUCACGCUGCCCGAGCUCGUCACGAAGAGCAUCGCGCGCGCGCGCGACGCCGCGCUCAACCGCUCGAUCAACCUCGCCGUCGUGCGCGGCGUGGCGAUGCAGCUGCGCUCGGGCAACGCGACGCCGCUGCAGGACGCCCUCGAGCUGGGCGUGCAGCAACACUUCUUUGCGCGCCAGUGCGUCGCUACGGUCGAGACGAUCGAGGAGGCCUUGUCGCGCCUCCCCGCCGCAAAGGGCGCGUCUUCCUUCUGCGAGCAGUUUGGGCUGCGCUGCCCGCGCCCGUCGCCGUGGGAUCGCGUCAGCCGCGGGCCGACCGCCGCGCGAGGCCCCUUCUCCCCGCGAGGGCUCCGGCGGCAGGCCAACGGCACCGGCCCGGCCCGCGGUGGUGCCGGCGGAGAGAGGGCGGCGGCGAAUCGGAGCACGUUUGGGGGGAGGGGGAGGGGGAGGGCGGGGCGAUUCUCCCGCGGCGCCUUUGCGGGCCCUGAGUAAGUGUACCAGUACACGGCUCUAGAGCGUAAGAUUCUACAGAAAAAAUGUAUACCUA